AUGACAAAUUCUAAUGAAGAUUUCAAUCCAGUUUAUAAUAAUCCGUUACCACCUGAAUUUGCUCACUGGUCAUUAGACUUAUAUUUGGAUGAUGAUGAAUUUCGUGCUGGAUAUCCGUUCUCAGAUAUUCCAGAAAUCGAAUCAAACAAAACCGGCGAGACGUACAAUACUUCAAAAACAUUUGAUAAUGGUGUUGUUCAAUCGAAUAAUUCAAGUGGUAGUAUUUGUAUUGCAACAACAAAAGAAAAUAAUCAAUUAACUGAAUUAUCAACUGAACAACAAGAAAAACAAGCAGAUGGUCGAUUAGAAUCCUGUCUCAUGGAUGAACGUCAUAAAAAUCAUGCAAUACAUUCAGGUCAAUUAAAUAGUUAUAAAAAAGAAGACCUUGGCGAUGAUCAUCAGCAUGGUAUUAAAGACUCAGUUAACGCCAUCAACGUUGAAACAUUUGAAGCAUCGCAUCACGUUCAAACAAAUAAAUGA